CAAUCUAACUUGCAAUACCCCAAAACCGUCUUCGGAAUUGAAUGACACUUGGAUAAGUUCACUCACUCCGCGUGUCAAAUCGUUAAUUCUUGACUUCCCGCCAUUCGACGCUGCAGAUACACGACUAGUUAGCAGAAUAUUGCCAGAUACGGUAACCAAAACUAUCAAAUCUCGAAGCCCAUAUGAUACUGUGGAUGAUACAGAUUUCCAGCGGGCGUGUCUGAAAAUAAAGGUGUUGGCUCAAGAGGCAUAUCGUUGGUUUCAUAACGAAAUACAAGAAUUGAAAGACUUCGAAAACAUGUAUUGUGAAGAAUUGAUAUGGUGUGGAGAACAUAAAAUCACUUUUACGAAAAGUAUCGAGCUCUAUUUUGCAGGAGAUAAUUAUACUGCUCUCCUUCUGAUAACCUCAUCAUUGGAGCAGCUGCUAGGCGAUGUCUUGCAUUUAGUCAAUAUUACAUCACAAGUACCUCCACUCUUCCGCGACUUGUUACUGGAGAGACCUUUGGCAGACAUUCUUGGAGAAGACUUUGUAUUUCUACUUCGUUGCCUAUUCGGUCCACCAAAUUCCAUGAAUCUUCGGAACAUCAUUUGGCACGGUUUUAUUUGCGAAGAGGAAUUCUCGCCAACACCUGCUAUAUGGUAUUAUUGUUUAAUUGUUGUCUUAGCAAUGAGUGUUUGUGCGAAAGUAAAAUUUUCGGAAGCCUCUUGCGAGGUCCUUAUUAGAAGACACACAAAAAAAGCUUUCACAGGACUGUACCAUCUCCCUCAAAAUUUUAAUUGGGACUAUCUGACCAAAAGUGAUUUUGAACAAAUGUACGAGCUAAUUCUAAAUGAAUGCGUACCGCACUCAAUUCCCCCUCACAUACACCUUCUUUCUAUAUUAAAUCAAACCUUCUUUGUUAUUCCGACUACGAUUCCAACAUGGAGACGUGCUUUUGAAUAUAUGUACACGGGUCAGCCUAUUCUUUUCUUGAUACUUGCUCUUCCUCUUCUCGAGCACUCAUUGCGUAGAUUGUACAUAUGUCUGAACCAGGAUGUGUCUGAUCACAGACUUUGUACAGGAAACGUUGGAGAGUACUUCUUAACAAUGGACGUUAUGCUAAGAAAAAGCGUUAGCAUGCAAUGCGAUAUUGCGAAGGUUCUGGCCCAGAAGGAACUUGUUGAAGAACGUAAAAACGGUAUUUUCGAUCAACUAAAAGGCGAUGUGAUGGACCUACUGGAAGACCUUUUCGUCCACGUUUCCGGGCCACGCCUUCGGGAUCGGAUCGCACAUGGGGAUUACGAUUUUACACUACUGUGUACGACGUCUUCGGCGCAUAACGACCCAGUUUUCGCGCAUGUUGUGCACCUCAUCCGACAUCUUUUCGAAAG